ACAUUUUCGCGGUCGCUAACCAUAGACAACGCAGACUCUCACGACGGACAACAAAUUGAAAUUUUCUCCCCCAUCCCGAGGCAGAUUUUGUCCCGUCAAGCGUGGCUAAUCAAGGCACCAAAAGGAAAAUGAGCAGCUCGGAGGAGGUAUCAUGGAUUUCAUGGUUCUGUGGUCUUCGAGGGAACGAAUUCUUCUGCGAGGUCGACGAAGACUAUAUUAAUGAUAAAUUCAAUUUGACUGGACUCAAUGAGCAGGUGCCGCACUAUAGACAGGCUUUAGAUAUGAUACUCGAUCUAGAACCUGAUGAUGACCUGGAUGACAAUCCAAACCAAUCUGACUUAGUGGAACAAGCCUCAGAAAUACUCUAUGGAUUGAUUCACGCACGGUACAUUCUUACUAAUAGAGGAAUCGGCCAGAUGUUAGAAAAAUUCCAAGCUGGUGACUUUGGACAUUGUCCACGUGUUUACUGUGAAUGCCAGCCUAUGCUUCCUAUUGGUCUGUCAGAUGUGCCCGGCGAGGCUAUGGUGAAGCUGUACUGCCCGCGCUGCAUGGACGUCUACACACCCAAGUCGUCGCGCCACCACCACACCGACGGCGCCUUCUUCGGCACGGGCUUCCCGCACAUGGUGUUCAUGGUGCACCCGGAGUACCGAGCCAAGCGUCCUGCCUCACAGUUUGUGCCCAGGUUGUACGGAUUCAAGAUCCACCCGCUCGCGUACCAGAUCCAACAGCAGGCGGCGGCCAACUUCAAAGCGCCGCUGCGGACCCUCUCGUACAACAACGGUAAACGUUAGGCCGCCGCCCCGCGCCCCGCGCCCGCCCUUGAGCCUUGAUACAGAUUCCUCUGCUGCGGGACUCAGCGAAACUGUUCCGAUGUCAGUAGCCAACCUAUGAGCAUUCACACCUGACGGAUACUCAGCAACCUUAUCAGGCACCUUUUCUGCCCUAGUGUGUAAAUGAAGAUUGCAUUUCACUGACGGGAACACAACACCCAAAUCAACUGGCUCACUUUCUCCCCUAGUAUUUAAAUAGAGAUUGCAUUUGACUUGGGGGAACUCAACAGCCGUGUUAACAGGCACACUUUCUACCCUAGUGUAUAAAAUAUAGAAUAGAUUUCAAAAGUGCAUUUGUGGUCCACACCAAUGAUUCUUAAAUUGCAUUUCUACGUAGUUUAAUUUAGGAUUAUAUAUUUCUAAAUUGAGUCAGGUCUAAUCUGAUGAUUGGCUUCUUCCUCCCUCCCGACAAAUACAUACAAGUAAGUAAGCUUGAAUUGUAUUGUCACUUGACAUCAGAUGUUAUCACAGUCAAUUGUGACCUACUUGUAUGCUACUUUCAUAUGGUAAUGAACGUGCCAGACUUAGUUUAAUAGUACUUGUAGAUCAUUUGAGUAUAUGAAUAGUUCAAUAUGUUUCAGUAUAAUGAGAAUUAAAUCUGAGUCAGCAGUUAUGUCAGGUGUGAAAGCUCAGUUGGGGCUCUUCCGCCUAAGAUUAGAACAAAAAAUUGCGUCAAAAAGGGGGGAAAUGGUUAGUCGCUUGUUUAGGGGAAUAGUAAUUUUGUGAAUGAUAAUGAAAUACGGUAUGGCAAUCUUAACACUUCUACACUGUUCAGUUUUUAUUUAACUUUUUCUAAAUUAAACAAUAAAAUAAUAACACUAAUAAAAAAGUAACACUUUUCAUAUUUGUUGGUUUAGGAAUUUUAGGAGAAAAAUGUCAAAUGUUGGCAACAUUGCCUGUUGCAAUACCCAAUACCUGGCCCUAUUUAUAGCUUCACGAUUGAUGGAUACUUUGUUUGCGAUUAAAAGUAAUAAAACACGAAAUUCAAUUUUCUCUGUAAGCCUAAGUUAAAACGAAAGUUAUAUUUUCAUCUCACUUGUUUGGAAAAGUUUCUUUUGCUCAGCGAAAUCAGCAAGCGAAAGUAGUUUUUGCUGCUUAGGCAGGCAGUAGUUAAGUGGUACUAUGUCUAUGUGUGUACGUGUUUUAUUUUAGAUGGGUUUAGAUGGGAAAAUUCAGAACCAAGGUUGUUGGUCUUUAUUCAAAAGUUCACAGAAUGAAUGAAUAGCGACUACUUACAAGCAAUUAAAGCCUCUACUGGUGAAAACAAUAUAACUGCUUGCGCCAUGUGAUAUAUGUGUACAUAAGUACACCUUGCCAAAACCUUAAGACUUGUAAGUGCAAGGGCAAGCAUUAGAUCUCUUUUCACACUAUUUAUUGCAUUUAUUUAUUCUUGUGAUAUACAACUAGCCGAGUACUAGUUCUCGUAAUAAUACGGAGAUAAAAUAUAGCCUUUAACACUAAAAAAAAGUGGCUUUCUAUUAUUAAACGAAUUUUUGAAAUCGGUUUAGUAAAUCCAGAGAUAUAGAUAUUAUAUUAUGCCAAUAACGAAUUCCAUAUUGAAUGCCGUGUAAAAUAGAAAUGCUAAAGGUGGGGAAUAUUAUUUUUUGGCACAUUUUAUGAAUUAUUUUGUAUCCAUCAAUCGUGAAAUGGAUUCUGUUUCGCCUGUCCCCUUGUAACUUGGCUUUUUUAUGAGUUUGGCUGAAUGUACCAUUAGUGGCUCUUCAUUGAUUUAAUUUUAUGGUGUCUUCUAUGUACAAAAUGUAAAAAAAUAAAAACCAUUUUAAUUACAUAUAAAGAGCUCCUUCGUCUUCAUUUGAUUGUUUUAACAGUAUGUUUCAAAUUAACUUAAUUUUUAUAAUUUGACUAAUAAAGGCUGUUUUGUCUACAUUUUACAAAUAUAAAAUUUAAUAUGCAGUGCACAGUAAACUAUGCAAAACUGGAGUUCCAGUGUUUGAUUCCCCGCUUAAGUCAGUUUAGUAAAUAACUUUUAAAGUGGGUCCUAUCUGAUAUGCUGAACUUGGACCUUACAAUCUGUAAUCUAACAAGAUUUUUUUAAGUCAGAUGAUAAAGUUUUUAAAUUAUAAUAUAUUUUGGGAGGAAAGUAGCAUAUUUUGUUUAAUAUUUAUAAAAAUAAUUACGUUAAUAUUAAAAAAAAAACAUCAAUCUCAAAUACCAGCUUUGAUGAAUCUGUAUCACUAACUUGAGAACAACUCACAAUGUGGCGGAAGUAAUUGUACACAUUGAGGAUAUUAGGAAGAGUUUAUUUACCAUUAAUUUACGUGUUAUAAAAUCACUGGUCCAACGAACAUCAUAUACAUAGUCAUGAGAUUAACAUGUCCAUUGCUAACUUGUAGACUUCAUAGGCCACAAGGCACGGGGUCAUCUGUAAAUUGCGUCCCAUCCCAAAAAGGGGAAACAAAAGCAAAUAAGCUUCAUGAUAUAUAAAUCCCCGCAACAAACAAUAAAACUGGCAAUAAAGUAGGAUAAGGUGUCUACAGUCUUCCCCCUAAAGAGCUAAUACUACAUUUACUUACGACAAGGCAAUCUGAAAUAGGGUAUUUAAUUAUUGACAAUAUAAUUGCAUCUUUGCCUAUAGGCAGAACGAAUAUUUGAGUCCAUUCCCAUCCAUACAGGGUAUGUCAAUGUAUGAAUGAAUGAAUGAGGAAUAUGCCUGUCGCUCGGUCUUUUCUCACUACCCUCUGCCCUCAUACCCCAGAACCCCUGUGUCCCGAAGAGCCUAUGAUGCUUGACUGUAGAACUUAACUUCACAUUGUAAGGAAAAUCAUAAAAAAUGUGUAGCAUUUGCUAAAUAAAAAAAUCACCUGCCGGGGAUAGUACAAAAUAAUUAGACGGUGAUGUAAUAUACAGAUGGCCCCUAAAGCAAAUAGUUAUGCCAAUUUGUGUGUACGCAAAUCUUAAAACGAAUUCUACCUAUUUGGUAGUUAAAAGAUAAUGGUCUCCUAACUGCCACCCUACCAAUAAAGACGUUAUGUGUUCCUGUAUAAUGCUUUUAGUAGAGGAUCACAAUCCCAACCUUCACCCAUCUGUUUACUUUACGACAAGUUUUUUAUAUCAAAUUAAAUACGCCAAUGGUGUGCCUAAAAAAAUCAAUUCAGAAUAUGAUUAAUUAACAAUUUAAUUUAUAUUUGCAAUGGUUUGGUUAACCGACAAAGUCCAUACUAUAACAAUCGAGCGAGCGAUAGUAUGAAGUCUAUAAAAUAUGAAAACGUUCUGUUGACUAUUUUUUUCCCGUCACAACUCUUCAGUAAACAGGGAAAUGUCAUCACAAACACGGUUGUCUGCGUAAAAUCAGCCCUGGAUUUGGGACAUCAUCAUAAUCAUAUCCUGGACUGAAUUUUUUGAGGCAAACAAUUGGCGAUAUAUUAAUUUGAUAAAAAAUACUUUUCAUCCAGUAAACAGAUGGGUGAAGGUCGUUUCUAAUUCGGAUUUUAGACUAUAUGUAAAAGUGUGGUUUGGUUGUUGUGUUUUGCGUGCGUGUUGAUGCCUGCACCUAUCUCGCUGCUCCCUGUGUACCCGCGGUCGAGGACUCGACUGUGCAAUUUUUCUAUAUUACAAAUUACUAUCCCUUUUAUUAAGUUCCCGUUGAAAAUGAUGUGUUUAGGAUUUGUGUACAAGUGAAUUAGCACUGUUAUAGUUCACCUUUCAUUUGCUAUACCGUUUCUUAGUGUAGAAUUGAGUAAUGGUACGAGUAACUUGUUGUAACAAUUAUUAGUAACUUGAGAAUGUAUCCGGGUGCCGAAUGCGAGUUUAUACGAUCCAGUAAAAGAAAAUUUUCAUUUAUGUAGAACUAGCUGACGCUGCGUGGUUUCACUCGCGUGGUUCCCUUUCCCGUAGGAAUACGUGGAUAAUAUAUAGCCUAUAGCCUUCGUCGAUGAAUGGGCUAUCUAACACAGAAAUAAUUUUUCAAAUCGGACCAGUAGUUCCUGAGAUUAGCGCGUUCAAACAAACAAACUGUUCAGCUUUAUAAUAUUAAUAUAGAUUGGUACAUUCCCUUCUACUCACGGAUUGUGUUUUCUAUUGUAUCUAGAUGGCGCAGUUCCAUUUGCAUAAUUUAUGUGGAUUUGUUACUGUUAUCUAGUUACAAAAAUAGAAAACAAUACGUUAGUAAAUGUUAAUAUUUCAAUCUAAAUAUACACUGUGCUAGUUUAAACGUCUGUGAGCCGCUCCUAUUAGUCCAAGAAACACUUUAGCGAUAUAAAAAAUGACCUCAAUUUUUAAUUUAUGAAAAAAUAUAAACAUCCUGUUUAAUUCUGUUUCUUAAGUAAGAACUUUAGGUUAAAGGAAAUGACCUCAAAGCGACCGACGACCCGCAUCGCGGCAUCGCAGGGAAUAGUUGGGUGUUUAAAAAUACAGGAUGUUUUAAAAUAAUCGAUUUUAGAAAGUUUGUUACGAUUGUAUUGGCUUAAAUUGUACUUUGUUUUUAUAAUAACACAAUACAUUAAAUCAAAAAAAUCAAAAAAUCAUUUAUUCAAGUAGGCUCAGUUUACAAGCACUUUUGACACGUCAGUUGACUAUUUGUAAAGAUUCUACCACCGGUUCGGAAGGCAGGUUCUGCUGAGAAGAUACCGGAUCCAUUACCGGAUGAUCCAACGGCCUCCAAGCAUUAGGUACAUUAUGUGUUCGGUUUUAAGACGAAGAAAACUUCACGAUGUAUAAUAGCGAAAGGUCACUCAUUAAAUCUCGAAAACCGCUAGACGUAGAAAGAUGAAAUUUGGGAAGAAGGUAGUUUAUAGUUAGAACAGAGUUUACGACAGCGCCGGAUUACGGAGGUCUAAGGUUCGAUAUAAAUUGAAAUUUACUUUUACUUGAUCGAAUUUGUACAGGACUCGCAUUCGCCUCACUGUUAAAAAGUUUUUAACAAUAACUAAUUGUGGCAAUGGCGGCAUUUACAGAGCCCUCGUAUAUAGUAAUAAUGAAACUUUAUAUUUAUAAAAAUUAAAAAAAAAAAACAUGAAAUAGGGCCAUGUACGUUUUCAUUUUUAUAUCUGAUGAUAAAUUUUAGGACCUCGGUCGGUUUUUGCUAUUAACGCGUUGGUGGUGACUCCUUUGGUUAUUGUAUGGAUACAAGUAAAUAUAAAUAAAUAUUAUGACAAC